CAUCCCACUCGGGUUCCCGUAGAAAAACACCGUGACGUGAAUGAGCUGUUGAAGAAAAUCUGGAUAAUCUGUAACAGUCCAUCCUCAUCCUCAUCCUCAUCCUCAUCCUCAUCCCCUUCAUCCGCGAGACCGAGAGCCAUGGCCGCGCAGAAGAUCAACGAGGCGCACGAGCACAUCGCCAAAGCCGAGAAAUGCUCGAAGACCAGCAUGACCAAGUGGAAACCUGAUUAUGAUGAAGCCGCUUCAGAGAUGGCAAAAGCAGCUGUGGCUUUCAAAAACGCCAAACAGUUUGAAGAAGCGAAGGAUGCGUACCUGAAGGAGGCCGAGUACCACACAGAAAACAAAGCACUCUUCCAUGCAGCGAAAGCGUAUGAACAGGCUGGUAUGAUGCUGAAGGACAUGAAGAAAAUGCCCGAAGCCGUUCAGCUGAUCGAGAAGGCCAGCAUCAUGUAUGUGGAGAACGGGACGUCUGGCACCGCUGGAAUAGCCUUGGACCGAGCUGGGAAACUCAUCGAGUCGAUUGAUCUGGAGAAAGCUGUGGACUUGUAUCAGAAGGCCGCAUCUGUGUUUGAGAAUGAAGAUCGGCUCAGAGAGGCUGCAGAGCUUCUGGGAAAAGCCUCCAGACUUCUGGCGAGACUGCGCAGGCUGGACGAGGCCGCAGUGUCCCUUCAGAAAGAGAAGAACAUGUACAAGGACAUUGAGAACUACCCCACCUGCUUUAAGAAAACCAUCGCUCAAGUGCUGGUUCAUCUCCACAGAGGAGACUUUGUGGCGGCAGACAAGUGUGUCAGAGAAAGUUACAGUCUCCCAGGGUUCAGUGGGAGCGAGGACUGUGUUUACAUGGAGACGCUUCUGAAAGCGUAUGACGAGCAGGACGAGGACGAGGUGUCACGCGUCUGCAACUCACCUUUACUGAAGUACAUGGACAACGACUAUGCCAAGCUGGCGAUCUCUCUAAGGGUUCCCGGUGGAGGGGCCGGAAAGAAGAAGAAGAAAUCUCCUGUUGCUCCUCAAGGGGGCAGCGCUGGCCCGCCAUCGGCCGAGGAAGAUGACGAUUAUGAGGGAGGUUUGUGUUAAUGGAGAGAACGGCCUGACUCCUCCAUGCGUCUGUGUGUGUGUGUGUGUGUACGAGCAUAUAAGUGUUUCCUCCCUUUGUGCAGUGGAGUCAUUCUGUUCCUGUUUGUCCCGCUUGGGAGUGUCCAGAUUUCUGUGUGUUUACUCAUCAGGCACACAGAAAACCCUACACACACGGGGUGUGGACAUCAGUUUAACAUAUUUAAUGUUGAAGAGGUUCAUUUCAUUGCCACAAGAUGCACCAAAUGCAAUAGAGCCCUGAAGUGAUGACGUGUUUUGUAGUCAGCAUCACACUGCUUUAUUUUACAAAAGCACAACAGGGUUUUUCCAUCGGCUUUUGAAUAACUGUAAAAAAUAAGAUCUGUGAGCAACCGAAGGUGGUGAUUCUUACAUGUUAUGUUCAUCACGAUGAUCUUAACAAUUAUUAUGAAUUUUGAAGCAUGCAUAACAUUGCCAGAAGUAAAAAGCUUAACGUAGGGACUAACUCAUAACUCUCUUUAACACUUUCAGUUUUCAUUUUCUCUGAAAGUUUGAGAUUGAAUACUUCAAAAGUGUGAUUUUAAACACAAUAUGGCAGUGACAAGCUAAUUAUGAGUAGAUGAGUUUAUCUGUCUGUUAUUAUAGUUAACUAAAAUCAUUUGUU